UGGAAUUUCCGACAUUUAACUUCAAUGCCUCUUCCUCAUCUCAGCCGGGUUCAACUCGCAUUCAAAAGAAAGUCAUUUAGCAACAGAAGCAAACGCUAAUUUACUGUUCUAUACUUUACUGAAAAUGGGAGAUCCUGUGGCUGGUUAUACGUCCCGAAUUCAACAGCAGGAGCUGGAGAUCCAUUCCCUGACUGCAGAGCUCGAGAGCCUGAAGAACCCACAGGGCCUGGGUUUGUCCUCGCACCUGGAUGGGCUGAGAGAGGAGAAUGCCAAGCUCAAAUACCGCCUCAACGUCCUCAAAAGGAGUCUGCAGGAGGAGAGGAGCCAGUGUAGUAAAACCAUGAUGAACAUCAACCAGCGCCUGCAGGAGAUCUUUGGGGAGGCCAUCCGGGAGGCCUGUCCCGACCUGGAGAACCCUCCCCUGGCCGUCACCCCCAACCAGCAGGCCAAGUUUGGGGACUACCAGUGUAACAGCGCUAUGGCCAUGGCCCAGAUGAUGAAAUCAAAGGGCCUGAAAGUGAACCCCAGGCAGAUCGCUGAGAAUAUUCAGCAGAACAUUCCUGACAAUGAGCUCAUUGAGAAGACAGAAAUAGCCGGACCAGGGUUCAUCAAUGUUCACCUUAAGAGAUCAUUUGUGUCCAAACUGCUGACCAACCUGCUACUCAACGGUGUCCAACCUCCUCCCUUAGAGAGCAAGAAGAAGGUGGUUGUGGACUUCUCAUCUCCUAACAUCGCCAAGGAGAUGCAUGUAGGUCACCUGCGCUCCACAAUCAUUGGGGACAGCAUGUGUCGUCUCUUUGAGUUCCUGGGCUACGACGUCUUGAGGCUGAAUCACGUAGGGGACUGGGGUACCCAGUUUGGGAUGCUCAUCGCUCACCUGCAAGACAAGUUCCCAAACUACCUGACCGUAUCCCCUCCUAUCGGAGACCUGCAGGCCUUCUACAAAGAGUCUAAGAAGCGUUUUGACGAGGAGGAGGACUUUAAGAAGAGGGCCUACCAGUGUGUGGUCAAGCUGCAGAGCAAAGACCCAGCUUUCAUCAAAGGAUGGAACCUCAUCUGUGACGUUUCCAGGAAUGAAUUCCAGAAGGUCUAUAACUGUCUGGACAUCCAGAUCAUCGAGAGAGGAGAGUCCUUCUACCAGGAGAAGAUGACCACCGUGGUCAAAGAGUUUGAAGCCAAAGGCCUGGUGGAGAUGGAUGAGGGCCGUAAGAUAGUGUUUGCCCCGGGCCAGCAGAUCCCCCUGACGGUGGUGAAGUCUGAUGGUGGCUACACCUACGACACAUCAGACCUGGCCGCACUGCGCCACCGGCUCUUUGACGAGAAGGCAGACAUCAUCAUCUACGUGACGGACAGCGGCCAGGGCACCCACUUCCAGGUAGUGUUUGCAGCGGCUCAGAUGAUUGGCUGGUACGACCCCAAUGUGACACGAGUGGAGCACGCUGGUUUUGGAGUGGUGCUGGGAGAGGACAAAAAGAAGUUUAAGACUCGCUCCGGGGACACGGUGAGGCUGAUGGAUCUGCUGGAUGAAGGCCUGAAGAGGUCCAUGGAAAAACUCAAGGAGAAGGACAGGGACAAGGUUCUGAGCACGGAGGAUCUGACAAAGGCCCAGCGCUCGGUGGCGUUCGGCUGCAUCAAGUAUGCCGACCUGUCUCACAACCGCAUCAACGACUACGUGUUCUCCUUCGACAAGAUGCUGGAUGACCGGGGCAACACGGCCGCCUACCUCCUCUACGCCUUCACCCGCAUCAGGUCCAUAGCCCGGUUGGCUAACAUCGACGAGGCAGUGCUCCGUAAAGCAGCAGAGACCACGGAGGUGCUCUUGGAGCACGACAAGGAGUGGAAGUUGGGCAAGUGUCUCCUGCGCUUCCCUGAGAUCCUGCAGAAGAUCCUGGAUGACCUGCUGCUCCACACGCUGUGUGACUACCUGUAUGAGCUGGCCACGACCUUCACAGAGUUCUACGACAGCUGUUACUGUAUCGAGAAGGACCGCCAGACAGGUGAGGUGGUAAAGGUCAACAUGUGGAGGAUGCUCCUGUGUGAUGCCACUGCCGCCAUCAUGGCCAAAGGCUUCGACAUCCUGGGCAUCAACCCUGUCUCCAGGAUGUGACCUCAUCACAGUGACAUCACAAUGCCCUCCUCCCAUCUCCUCGGACAACAGAAAAAAAGAGCCUCUUCAACCCAUUAACGUCACCUGGGAUCUUACUGUAUACCAAAUAAAAUAAAAAUUACUGCUUGUAAAAAAAAAAAAAAAAAAAAGGAUCUGGCACCCUGCUCAUCAUUCUCCAUUUAAAUGUCAGAAUACCUACCAAGAGAUUGAGGAAUGUCUGGAGAGGCUGCCAAAACAGCAAUACUGACUUAGGCUACAGCUCAAUUGUUGCACAGGGGAUUCGAGAUGUAUGUGUUAGACAUUGACCUUUGUUUAUUGCAGCCGAUCCUGACCCGGCCAAAUAAUACAGUAUUUCAGAUGAAAGACGUUGGUCGGUCGCGAAGGAAGCAUAAGUAGCUUAACAUGUAUCCUUUCUUGCAGUGUGGACAGCCAAAAUAAUAUGCUCUAUUUAACCAACAGUGGGAAGGUUUUCUGUCAUCUUAGUCCAGCUACCCCAUCUGUCAUCUGACUUGAAACCCAUAUACAUAUUUGUAACCCAUGCACCUGUGAUAUUGGUCACUUUGAGGACAGCCAAGUGCAGUAGACCUUCCUGUCCUGAAAAAGAUUGAAUCAAGUGUUUUAACCAUAUUGUAGACUUUUCAAAAUAUUUUCAUAUCAAUAGGCAAUUAUUGCUCCCAUUUUAUAUAUAUUUUUGAAAAUGUAAUGAAAUUGCAAUGGUUUUCAAAAUCAUUUGAAUUGUAUUGAUGCAAUUACAUUUAAUCUGCGGUUUUAUUAAAGCCUCCCUCACAGCC